GGGCACUCUGGUGCCACCGAUGGAGACGUGCUUUCCUGCCAGACAGAACCUAAGACAGACCAGUCAACUAGACUCACCUACAGCAAUGGCUUCUCAUCUUACCCAUGAUGUCUACCGCAAGAAGACGGCUUUUCUUCGGACAACCACUUCCUACCAGGGAGGUGGGAGGGUACAGAGGACAGGCGUGAGCAGUCAACGUAAGAAGAGCCUGCUACCACGGAACAGAGGAGAGCAAGAAAGCACAGAUUCUGAAAAUGAGCCUGGGAGACGGUACAGGAGCAGGCAUAUCUCGGGCAACAUCAGAAAGCACAAAGUGACUGCUAACUACCUGAUGGCUUUCAGGAACUCCAUUCCAAAGUACCAAUGGAAUGGUGGAAACCUAAUCAUUAGGCACAGGAUGAGUGUUGAUGAUGGACUCUCAGGUAUGGAUCUAUCCAGCACUACACCAUUCGACCUGUGCAUAACUCUCUUGUCUCUCUUGGAGAAGCUGUGUUCUAGUGAAGCCAUGAACGCAGCUCAUAGAAACUCACUUAGUCUCUUCCUUGCACCGCAGCUCACCAACUUGCUUGUGAAGAUUGAUCACAAGUGUUCAGGCCAGGGUAUCAACUUGGACUACAACUGGGGACCGGAACUCCUUGGUGCAUUGAAGAGACUUAUCCUGCGCAUUGUCUUGAAGGUUUGCUUGUACAGUCUAACGCAGCAUCAGAAGAUUCAAGAGCUAUCGUCUAGUGGGUUGCUGCAAUCUCUCCUGUCGGAGGCAAAGAGCUCUGCUCAAAAGAUCAUGCAUUCUCUGUCGGAAAGGACUAAAGAGAAAGAAGAUGAUUUUGCGCGAGAUGAGGCAGAUGAGCCUGAAGUGUCAGACUCUGUGUUUGAAGGAUCAGGUGAUGAUCAUGGAAGUUUGCCAGAGAAGGAUUCAUCUGUGCCCGGAUUUAAAGUUGAUUCAGCAGGUAUGACAUACAUUAGCGAAAUUCUGCAAGGUGUGAUUCUACUCCUUUCCUUUGUGAUGUAUAGUUGCCAUGACAACCAAACUGUUUUGACGCAGGGAUUAUCCAUGUUAAAUGAGUUUGAAGAGUAUGGAGGAUAUCAGCUCUUCCUCAUGGUAAUCGAGGCAAUGGAUGGAUUGCUGUCAAGUGGCGAGGAUGAUGGUGAGAAGGUCCGUAACAUCAAGGAGAUCAUCAUCUCUUUGAUAACCUCCAUGUGUAAGCUUACCACUGCUACUAAGAAAGCGAAGCUGGAGUACCUUCAUAAGUUCCAGUGUCUGAAGAGAACACACAGUAAUUGCGAUUACAGUCAUUACAUGCAUCACCAUCACAGCAUGCUGGGAAUGACCUACACUGCCUUUGAAGAAGAUAAGCAGGGUCACCCUGAUGCUGGUCAUGUUGCAAGUGGUGGAUUGGUGGACAGGAAUCCCAUCAGGGCAAACAGGAGCAAGUGUUGCAUCGCUACAGUAGUGGACGUGGUCUUAGAAUUGAUAUCAAAAGUGCAAUGUCGAGUAACCCUUGUGAGGUUACUAGGAAUGUUGGAACAAGGAGGGAUCUGCUGUUGCAUACCUCCACAUGUAAUCCUCAGCAAACUGUUGCAUUCCAUUGAAAACAGAUCCCUAGCAUUAUCGAACUAUCUGCUCAGUGUCGUAGCAAAGUUGAUCCUGGAACAGUUGCGUGGUGGUGAGAAGGCUGAAUCGAUUCCAGUCGACCUUUGUCCAGAAUGUGUCCAGUUAGAUGUGAAACAUAGGUUGACAGGCAGUCAGUUAGACAUUGGAAGCAUCACGGAUAGUAGGACUAGUGAUAGCGCAAUUGGAAGCGAUGGUAGCAUCCAAGAUUGGGAUGUCACCAAGUCUCGGUGGCAGGUCUUGGGAACAUAUGCUAACCUAAUCACGAGUGGGGUGAAUGAAGUCUUGAGCGUCCAGGUGGCUAGGCAUCUGCUGCAUCUUGUCAAGCAUGGAAACUACCAAAUUAAACAAGAAUUGUAUCUUCAUGUCUAUCUGCCAUGCUUUGAAUCAUCUAGACCAAUAGGCCCUGAGGAGUCAGUUGUGCCUACUCCUCGGCUGCCAUACCGUAUCACUUCAUCAACUGUCUUAGAAUACUGUUUUAGUGCUUUACCCAUUCUAUUAACGUCUAAGUUUGCCCAGGAGCUGUUUCUUAGUCAAGGAGGCUUGAACCAGCUUCUGCACUUGCUGCAGUUGGACACUACAAGACGUCAUGUCCUUCAGGUGUUUGAGGUCAUCAUCCUUUCUGGUGAUGAAGAGAAAAUGAGACGAGACAGGAGUAACACAGCAGACAGUGUACUGAGUGCUGCAUCAUCUCUAACUGCAACAAGCUCUACUUCACAAGUCAGAUACAACACAUCUAAUUGCCGGAGAGACCAUGCAAGCACAGUGGUUAGUGUCCUAGAUGCCUUUACAGGCAUUGUCCAAGAAGUUAUCCCUGACGACCUUCACUCUAAGAGUGAUAGUUCCGAAGGAAGUAGCUAUCAAAAUCAGUCUGGAGGAUUGCAUGAACGCUCUCUUGACCGCCUUCUAUCAUCCUAUGAAAUCGUAGAUGAACCAUUUGAAAGUUUGGCACAUCAAAGCAUCGAGUCAGUACUAGGCACUCUCCAUGAAGGGGUAGCAGCCUUUCCUGAUAGGACAAUGUCAGACAGCAACAGUUCAGACUCCUCUCAACACAACACAAUGACACCACCAAAGCUCUUCAUGCCAAAGGACAGUAUUAGUGUUCUCCCAGAUGCAAGACUUGCCAUGGCCAGUGAUGUCUGGAGGACUUGUGCUAAUCUAAUCGUGUACAGUCAAGGUUUCUCAGAACACUUCAUGCAAAGCUCUGUGGCCAGUCAGAUCUACAAGAUCUUGAAUGAGUCAUUCCUUGGGUUAGCUCAGAUCACCAAGGAAUGUGAAGUGUUGGAAAUCAGCCUAGAGUCUCUGCAGGACACCACCAGGAACUAUACUGAUGAUGAAAUCAACAAGAGGGAUAGGUUUCAUAUCAUGCUUAGCAUUGUGGGAUCUCUUAUGAGGAUACAACUUAAACUUUCUAAAGAAGUAGCAGCAGGCAAGUUUGAGGGAGAAGGGAUGAGCCUCAUUCUUCGGAGUGUGAAGCAUCACUUGACUGAGUCAGACCUCUUAGGAUCCAACCUAGGUAGAACUGUAGCUGAUACCUUGCUAAAGCUGGCCCAACUAGAACCCCUAGACUCAUCACAGUAUCAGAUCUGUAGCCUCUCAAGGAAUUCACCUAAGGAUGAUAGUGUAGAUGGAUUAAGUUGGAAUCUUGAGGAGCUCCAAGAAGCCUCUGAUGACCAAAGCAGUGAGAUGAGUGAUCUAUGGAGUGCUGAAGGAGGGUAUGAGGCCGACAGCGAGAGAGAUGAAAGAGAUGAUGCACUAACAAAUAACAAGCCAGACAGAGAAGACUUGAUUUUUGCUCAAUCUCAACAGUCAUUGGUUUACCCUGAGGUGUGUCAGCUGAUGUUAGAGGUCCUUUCAACCACCGAUGGGUGUGCUAAGAAGAAAGUCCUCUACUUUCUGUUGAAUCAACUCAUCUCCCUUGUGAAGGGUAAUGACUCCUGUAAGACGAGUCUGAAUCAAUGUGGGAUCCCUACCAUCAUCUUGGAUGGAUACCGCACCAUUCUACAAGAUAACCAUCAAGAUACUAGUGUUGAGAGGGCUUUACUCCUAGAGUUAUUUUCUGAGUUGGUUGAGAGGAGUAUUACAUCAUCUCAGUUAAGAGGAUAUCUUUCCCUAUUCCAAUCACCGUCAUCGCCUAUGAGCUGUCUAUUAUCAUCGCUCUUGACCAUAGCCAGUAGUACAGUCACCCAGCCAGCCACCACCAUCACCUUUCCACUCCUUCCCAAUCCCUCCAACACACAAAACACCCCUCUGCCAAUGAAAAUGGAGUCUUCCAGCACUCCAGACAUCAGUGCAUGGACUGUUGCUGCAACACAGCUACCUCUCAGGAAUAGUGUAACAUGGACUGUACCACUUAACAAGGGGGUGGGUGUUGCUAUGUGGUUGAAGGUGGAAGAAAGGAGGAAAGGAGAAUUGGGAGAGAAGAUGAAAAAGAGUAAAACAAGAACAAGAUACCUGCCAAACUCAUCUAGUGCAUCCUCACUCUCCAGCUUGUCAAGGAACCCCCUGCUAACCUCAUCGCCAUCGAGGUCAGGGUUGAAAGGUCAUCAGCUUGACCUACAUCUGGUGACCCUUGGUACCCGUGACAUCACUUUUGAAGUCUGGCUGGAGACAAAGACUAUGAAGCUGGUUUUCAGAAUUGGUCAAGCGUCAAGUGACCAUCAGAGGACUUUAAUACUAGCAGAGACUACCUGUGGUGGUAUGCUGACCAGUGGUCAAUGGGAACAUCUUGUAGUGACCUACCAUGAAAGGAGAGAUGAAUCUAUGGUGCUUGGCAUGAUCUCUGUGAUAGUGAAUGGUCAUCACAGAAAGGAUGUCAUGGUCGAUUACAACCACUCCUCAGUGAUCGUCAAGACUGCCCAGCAACCCAUGUUCUGUCUCAUCGGUCAUUCACUGACCACUGGUCAGAUACAGGGGCAUGAUGCAAAGCCACAGGGAGCAUGGAGUCUUGGACACAUGCACAUCUUUAACGAUGCCAGUGCACUGCAGAAGGAAGCCGCUGCAUUCCACCUCUUCUCCAUGGGACCUGACCUGUAUACACUCAGCCAGUGUGAGGGCAGCAAACAUAGUCGCCUCUACAGUCGUCAGAUCACCAAAGACAUCAUGAUCGCUGGCAUCAAGCCUGAUAUCCUCUUUGGAGACAGGGAAAUUGAUGAGAAAUUCUUGAGGGAGAGCCUCGUGGCCACCUACUCGUCUUCGUCUCCAUCCACCUUCAGUCUCUACCAGUCUGUAUCAUCCGGUACCCUGAGUAAAGUACUCCCAGGAAAGAUUAUUCCCCCUUCCCUGCUUCACUCACCAACCGUCAUGCAGGCAAUACAUCAUUCACACCCCACCGUUAGGCAUCACAUGGGACUACACAAGGCAAUCUACCAAGUUGGAGGCAUCAGUGUCUUUGUCUACCUCUUUGCCAAGGUUGUUGAGACGUCCAAUGAUGGUCACCAACAGGCCAGAGCCCUGCAGCUGCUGAUGCUGCUUCAGAACAGCAGCUAUGAGAUGGCCAGGGAGUUCCGCUCCAUCUCUGGCCCUCUGAUGGUCGCGAAGGUCCUGGCCUCCGAGAGAUGCCAUGUUGGUCCGGAAAUGCUCAAGGUGCUGUUUGAUGCCUGCUGUAGCGAGUCCGUGGUCUUCCAGUGCUCCCUCCUGCACCAUUACAAAGUGAACGAGGAAUCAACGGCCAUCCUACAGGAUACAGAGUUCUUCACCCAGAUGCUGCUCAACUGGAGGGUAUGGGAUCGGGCCAGGAAAGGAGCCUGGAGGAUACUCCUGGAAGGCAUCUUGGCCUUGAUCAGACACGACCAUCCGUUCUACUCCUUCAACAUCAAUCAGAUGCAACGGGUCGGGCUGGUCCAGAAGCUCUUCACCAUCUGUAGGGAGAGACACAGUGAGGAUCUACCUGCUCUCCCAGUGGACACCUACUCAUCAUUGAUUGAGAUUAUCAAGACGAUGGUAGGGAUUCCAGCAGACCCACAUCUUAUGGCUGAGAUCAGUGACUUCCUUCUGGCCGUCCAUCCUGCAGUUAAUACCUUCGUCUGCCAUGCUCCGUCAAGCUUCUUCUUCCUCUUACACAAAGGGAAAUGGUACAAGUCUCGGUCUAGUACACCAUCGGAGGUCUCAUCCCAUGACAUGGAUGAAGUACGUCGUCAUGACUUCAAGCUCAACCUACCCCCAACAUCAAGGGAGGAGAUGCUGAAAAGAAAGAAGACAAUGAAAUCACAGUCCUCCUUUGAGCACCCAGAUGAGGGGAAGAUUGAUGAGAGUCGGCAUAUAGUCAAUAAUAACCCAUCCGGAGAGGGGGUACAGAUACCAAGAGAUGAAGAAAUUAGUGGUGGAGGUGAUGAAGCAGAUGGUGGAAGGCCAUUAACAAGCAGUCCUCGCAAGAAAAGAACUCCAAGAGACUCAACAGAUGGGAUGAUGGGACGGGGAAGUCCUUCCGAUUCUCCUACCGAUACCAGUGAUGAAGUCUCUUCCUCAACGUCUUCGUCGUCAGGGGAGAGUGAGAUCUUAUCAAGCGGAGAUGAGCAGAGGAAAGAGGAGGAGGCAGAUGAAGAGGGAAUAAACUACACUGCUAGGCAUGAUGGUGAUGCGAUUGCCAAUGACAACCAUGAAGAUGCGGAAGAUGAUGCCUUUGCGGGUGGGGACGUCGGAGAAGAUGAUGCCGGGACCAGUGUUGGGAGGAAGGCCCCAGCUGUCAGAGAACGGAGAGCCCAAAGUGCUAAUUUUGGUGGUAUGCAGCUGGCUGCUAUACCAGAGGAUGGAUCGAUAGAGCUCUCACAAAGUGACGAUGACAUGGCCACUUCCCCCCUUGAUGACGACUCACUGUCGGAUCCCAAGAACCAACCCUCUGAGGACAAAACCACCAUGAUUGAAGACGAUGGUAACUUGGUAGUCUCAAGCUUUGAUAGUCUAGAUGCCAGCCAUCGGGACAUCACAUUGAGCCGUCUCUGCUCGGGAUUGCUGGAUCUGCUGGCAGAAUGUCUCAUUUUCAUCUCAGAGUCCAAGUUGGAUAAGGUCUUGGGGAUUGUAUUGAAGCCAGAGACCCUUAUCGUCAUCGCGCACCAUCACUCGGAAGAGAUACGGACCAGUGUUGUUAAGCUUCUUGAUGUAUACUUCCACCGUGCUAACGAAGCCCAGCUGUCUAGCUUCCUUAGAAUGCAAGGUUUUCAUCAGCUGGCCAAUCAGCUUCAUCAGUAUCCUGUAACGCAGGAACUAGCUGAAGCUUGUCUCACCAUCACCUUCGGCAAACCAGUUCAUCUUGAUCAAGAACUUGACCUAGCCUUGAUUCAAGACCUACCUCGGUUUCGACAGCUGUCGGUGGUUCUUAUCUGUUCUCUGAUGGAGAAUUCUACCCAUGAUGCUCAGCUAUGUCAUAACAUCUUAUGUGCAAUAUUACAUUUGUUUGAGGGUGGUCCCCAGCUGGUACCAGCCUUGUUGGAGAACGGUCUUCUGGAAGCCACCACCAACACGCUGGCAUCACUGUGUACAACCUCAAUGGAGGAUGUUGACUACGAAUGGAGUAGCAGGGCAUUGACUGUUCUCUUAGAUGACGUCAGACAUAUCCUGGCUUGCAUUGCUAAUAGAGUCUUCAGCUUAUCAGGUGAUCAAUACCUUCAGCACCUAGAAGAUAUGCUAACCCUCCUGGGUGGACUGGAAGAGAUGUUCCAACGGAACUACGGCACACGCUCCGCUGCGUGCCGUCUGGUUCACGAUGUAGAGUGCCAUGUCAUCAGAGAAGUCCUAGAACACUUUCAGUCUACCUCCAAGGCUAUAGAGUCUAGCCUAACAGCUGGUGCUAGAUCAGGAACACUACAAAGAAGCAUCAGCUACUCAGAGCGACAGUAUGAAGCAUACCGAUGGAAAGAACGGAUGAAAUCUAUUGGAGAUAGUCCGGAAGCAGCUGGUAUACAUAGCAGUAGCAGAGGUCAACCAGACACUAAUGAUACUUUCUGGGACUACACCAAGAGACCUAGGACUUCAGUACCAAGUAUCCACAGGGAUCACUCCUCUUCCUUCACGGACCUGCUCCCUUCAUCUGCUGCUGCAGCUCGUCGUUAUUCAAGCAAUCUGGAGUCUUUGCUGCGAUCAAGAAGAGUAGAUAGCUUGAAUCGAGGUGGAUCUGGACGUGGAGGGAACAAAGACGGUGUGCCGGCCACGGAGCAGGAGAUGGCUAGGAGAUUCCAAAGGCUAUGUCUGCUAGCUGUCAAUCUGGUUGUUAACAGUGAUCUGUCACACCCAUCCUAUCGUCCAGUCAUUAGCCUGACUGACGACCUCUCAACACAGCUUACCAAGGAUCUCUUUCACCUACUCAUUGAAUCAAUGGGUGCCACCAUGGAGAAGAAGGUUAGCAUCAAGCGACGUCAGUUUGACAGCAUCGUGUGGUCCUCAAAACCGACCCUUCAGCUUCAGCUAGCUCGUCUCUUGGUUCAUAUGAUGUCACCAGCUCAAGACCUGACCCUAAGGAUUUUUACUUUGCAAGUGGCUCAUGUUGACAGGUCCAAACAGAUCCUCAAGUGUGUUUUACAAACAAGCAUGCAGCAAUAUGCCAGCAAGCUGGAGCUUUACCUCUAUGACCUGCUUCAUAACCAUCAUGAUGACCUAUCGGAAACAGAUCAUAUGUUUGGUAUGAUCCUAGUUGAUGUUCUCAAGGAAUGUGGCUUCCAGUCCUUCAAUCCUAAUGAGGAUGAUCCCCAAGCUAUCAAAAGUCUAGAAGAGGACUUGAAGACAACUUGGACGGAUCUUGAUAUUGCUAGGUCAGCAUGGCACAAACAGCGUCUAGAGAAAGCAACCAGAUUGAACCAAAGAAUGAAUGAUAUGGCCAGGGACAUUACUCAUUCUGCUAUGGAAGUCACUCAGGUUGUUGGUAAAUACCAGAAUAAGCAGCGUUUCCAAUUCUUGGAGCACAUCAAACAAGCCAUGUCAUCGGCUUUAGAUGUGAGGACGGCAUGGCAGCAUCUCAUCGAACAACUUACACAUGAGAGGGCUGUGUGGUAUGACCCUGAGACCUACCCGUUACACUGGCAGCUCGAUCCUACAGAAGGACCAGGGAGGGUGAGGAGGAGACUCCAGAGAUGUCACCUUCUCAUCCCUAAGAAGUUCUUUCUACCUGAGAAGCAAACCAAACACAAGGAGACCUGCUCUCGACCGCUGGCCUAUCUCUUUGAUAGCAGCUCACAGUCUCAAAGCUCUUCAGAACUCAAGAGAAGACUGCAGAUGAAUGAAAAGAUCAGUCUUGCAUCAACUUGUGUCAAUGUCACACCGGCUAUGGAGACAAGGGGUGAACUGCUACUGGGCAAUAACAGCAUGUACUUUGUUGGUGAAGAGCCGCUGAAAAACACCAUUGAUGCUAGUCUCACUAAGGUUUCUAUGGGUGACACUGACCUGAUGACCAUCUGGUGGACGUACGAUGAGAUCAAAGAACUCCAUCUGAGAUGGUAUCAGUUGAGAGACAAUGCUCUGGAAAUUUUCCUAACCAAUGGCAAGACUCUACUGCUUAGCUUUGACAACACGGAGGAGCGUCAGAACAUCUUCCAACAGAUCAAGUCCAUGGACCUGCCUAACCUGAUCGAGGUGGACAGUGUCCUCGCCCUCACUCAGGCCUGGCGACUGGGCCAGAUGACCAACUUUGAGUACCUGACCCAGCUCAACAAGCUUGGAGGUCGCUCCUUCAACGAUCUGAUGCAGUAUCCAGUCGUCCCGUUUGUCCUGAAUAACUACGUGGAUGAGAAGAUUGACUUGACGAAAGAGAAGUACUUCAGAGACCUCACCAAGCCGGUGGCAGUGCAGAAUAAGGACAGAGAGGAGAGAUACAAGGAAAAUUUCAAAGCCCUGCAAGAAGAGUAUGAUAAGAAUCAUCGUAUGGGAGAGGAAACCACCUUGGUAAUCGCGCCAUACCACUAUGGUUCUCACUACUCAAACAGUGGCACAGUCUUGCAGUACCUUGUCAGGCUCCCACCAUUCACUCAGAUGUUCCUGCACUACCAAGAUAAUCACUUUGAUCUCCCGGACCGGACGUUUCAUUCUAUCCAGACCUCUUGGUUUCUAUCUUCCUUCCAAUCUACCACGGAUGUUAAAGAACUCAUUCCCGAGUUCUUCUUCCUCCCUGAGUUCCUCUUGAACAAUCAAGGCUAUGACUUUGGAUUCCGUCAGUCCGGUGAGGCAGUGCACAACGUCAUCCUACCCCCCUGGGCCAAGGAUGAUGCUAGACUCUUUGUCCAGAUCAUGAAGCAAGCCCUGGAGUCUACUUACGUCUCUCAGAAGCUCCACAGCUGGGUGGACCUAGUCUUUGGAUACAAGCAGCAUGGGCAGCAUGCAGUAGAAGCCAUCAAUGUCUUCCAUCCUGCCACCUACUUUGGUCUCGACACCCGUACCAUCACGGACCACACCCGAAGACGUGCCGUUGAGACCAUGAUCAAGACGUAUGGCCAGACCCCUAAGCAGCUGUUCCCCAACCCCCAUCCGCAGCACAAUGAUCUGGACACUGUCAUCGCAGACUCUGCCAUGAUGGGCACCGUCAACAUGGGCUUCUUGUCAUCCUUUACCUCGAGGUCUAGGACAGCCUCAGUUUCUAAUGACAAGGGCCUCUUCAGGGAGCCUCUGUCCCAUGUAAAGGGCAUGCGAUGGGGAGACUACCUCGGAUCACCAGCGUCCAGUGAGCCCAUGGUCAAGUGGCAACAAGCAUUCAUGACCACACCCAACCAGCUUAUUCCUCUACCAACUGGCAAUGUGUGUGGGGUGGCCAAGAACCAGUGUCUACUUGUCAUGUACAGCAAAGAGAAAAGUGUGAGCAGCAUGUAUGCAGUGGACAUCAAAUGGUCAGGAUUCUUGACCUGGGGUCAUUCCGAUGGCAUUCUUCGACUCAAACACAAGACUAAGACCCCAGCCAUUAACUUCCUACGGUCAAAUACAAAUGAUGAGAUUACCACCUGUAGUUCAGUGUCAGACUGUCGACUGAUGUUUACUGGAAUGGCUUCUGGUAUGAUCAUCGCAUAUAAUAUCAAGUUCAAUCCAUACAAGCAAAGCAGCAUUGAAGUGACCAGGUCAGUUGUUCGUCUUCUCGGACACACAGGACCGGUCACCUGCCUUUAUGUGUGCAGACCAUACAGCAUACUGGUCAGUGCUAGCCAAGAUGGGACAUGUAUCAUAUGGGAUCUCAAUAGAUUGUGUUAUGUGAGAUCAUUGAAAGACGAGACCAAGCGAGGGGGUAGUAUCAUAGCCGUAGCUGUUAGCGAGGUUUCUGGUGACAUAGCAUCUGUCUCCAAUGUUGCGGCCGGUGUAAGUGAGCUUACCCUGUGGAGUAUCAACGCUGAUCUGAUAGGAAGGGUGUUCUGCCACAGUCAGAUGCUGUGCCUCUCUUUCUCCAAUGCCCCCGAAGGCAUCUCCAUCAAUGCCAUAGCUGCGGGAUGCUAUGAUGGUGUCGUCAGAAUGUGGAGUACAUUGGACUUGAGUCCACUCAGGAACAUCUCGGUAGAAAUGCAUAGACCAAUUACAAGCUUGACGUUUAGUCAUGACUCUCACUUCCUGUUCACCUGUGAUGAGGAUGGUCUGGUAAUUGCCUGGGGGAAGAAGGAUACCAACAAGAAGGUGCCGAGGUUUGAAGCCUUCCUCAAUGCCCCCAGGAACAGUGGAAGCAGUGGUAAUCUUGAAGCAAGUAUAUCUUCCCAAAGGUAAAAAGGAAGGCUUCAGCUGUGAUAGAGAUGCUGUGGUGACUGCAUAUAGGAAGAAAGUGCAAAAGUCUGAAGCCUUCCUCAAUGCCCCCAGGAAUAGCGGAAGCAGCAGUAAUCUGGAAACAAGUAUAUCUUGCCAAAGGUACGCAGAAGGCUUUUCAUGUGAUGAAAAUGGUAUAGUGAUUUCCUUGAAGAAGGAUACCAAAUAAGAGGUUCCCAGGAUUGAAGGCUUUGUCAGUGCCUCCAGGAAUAGCGGAAGCAGCAGUAGUCUUGAAGCAGUUUUGUCUUCCCAAAGGUUAACAGAAGGCUUCACAUGUGAUGGGGAUGGACUGGUGAUUACCUUGAAGGAUACCAAUAAGAAGUUCCCAAUAGUGAAAGCUUCUUCAGUGCUUCAAGGAAUAGCAGAAGCAGCAGAAAUCUUGAAGCAAGUUUAUCUUCCCAAAGGUAAACAGAAGAAUUCCAACAAGAAGGUGCCUAAGUUUGAAGCUUUCAUGUGUGAUGAGGAUGGUCUGAUGAUUGCCUUGAAGAAAGAUUCGAUUAAGAGGUUCUCAAGAGUGAAGCCUUCCUGAAUGUCCCCAGGAAUAGUGGAAGCAGCAGUAAUCUGGAAGCAGUUUAUCUUCCCAAAGGUAAACAGAUGACUUCACGUGUGAUGGGGAUGAUAUGAUGAUUGCCUUGAAGAAGGAUACCAAUAAGAGGUUCCCAAGAGUGAAGCCUUCAUCAAUGCCCCCAGGAAAAGCAGAAGCAGCAGUAAUCUUGAAGCAUGUUUCAUCUUCCCAAGGGAAAAAGAAGACUUCAGGAUUUAUCUUCAUCUGAAAUCAUCUUCAACAAAGCCAGGAACAUCAGAAGCAGCCAGUAUAUCUUCCAAAGAAUGAAAGGAAAGGAACCUCGGAUGCCCAAGUUGGAUCUUUGCUCCACAUACCCAGGAACAGCAAAACCACCUGUUUUUUCUUCCCAUGGAUGCAAAGCAAAGAUGCUCUAGAUGCCCAGAUUGUGAUGUUACCAGUGGAAGAAGUAGCUCCUCCUUAUCUCCCCUUGGUUGAAAUGGAAAGUACUGAAGUACAAAUCCAUAAACAGAAGAAGCUAGUAUACCUUCCUUGGGGGUAAAAAUAGACUUGAGAAGUCAUUUAUCUACCAGAAAUAGCUACAGUUAAUGUAAUGAACAUAUUAUACAGCAACAACAAUUUGAACAGAAAAAAGGACCGAUAUAUCCUUACGAAAAGCUAUUCAUGCUUCGUAAGAGCAAGAGAGUGAUCAUACUAUUAACAAGGUUGAAGAAAGCAUCCUCCGGUAUGCCUAGACUUGGUGGUAAAAAAUCUGGGUCGUGAAUUGUAAACUCUACCUUUACUGGUAACUAUGACAUCGGUCACAUAAUAAUGCUCAAUACACAAUCAAAUUUAUACUAAAUUUACUACUGAUUUUAAAUGGCUAGUCUUGUGCAGUGAGAUGCUGGAUUCACUAAAAACAACAAUAGUGACCGCUUUUAUAUGGAGCAAUUAUACUGUCAAGCUUGUAGAAGGAAUCUUUAUUAAAUGUGCCAAAGUCUGAAAACAUACACUAUAGUAUUUGUGAAAACUAGAAAUUAUAUUGUAUUAAGUCAAAUAAAAAGAUUGCACAUAUGAAUUUUGUGAGACAAGAUGACCAGGUACAUGUAGUAAUAGCGGUAAAGUGAGAAGUGCAUCAUUUUUGUCACUUUGAAAUAAUACAGUCCAACCUCUCUUAUCUGGACACAAUGGGACCAGCACCAAUCCGGAUAAGGGAUUUAUCUGGAUCUGGGAGACCCAAUAUUAAAUACACGCAGCUGCGCCUCCCCAAUGGUAGCAACACGUAAUCUAUUGUAGUGUGUCUACACAGACAGUAUUCACUGCACUGUCAAUGCAAAUUAUAGGCGGUUUUUUUUUUACAGAAAUGAAAUCUAUUGGUUGCCAAAACUCUUGGAUAAUUUACCUGCUGAAAUGAUUUAGGAAUACAUCGAGCAUACCUCGAAAGAAAGAGAAUGACUUGAUGAAAUUAAGUUUGAAAAUUGGAUCAUCGCGGCGGGCAUCGCAGCGUCGCAAAGUCAGCCAUUGUUAGACUGUAGGCUCAAACAUGAUAGAUGGUGCUGUCCGUAUCGAGGCCUAGUGCUAGCUAGCGAGACAUGUGUUGUUUUUCCCCCGCAAAUAAAAAAAGAACGCGAUAAAAUGGUUGUGCUGUGCCCUGAUUUACUGGAAAAUUAUCCUGUCUAAGUUCUUUCAGUGAUUUGGGUAAGAUAUUUUCAUUAAAAAUUAAUGUGGUUGUAGGUACAUGUAGACUAUAUUGGAAAAUGCAUGUAAUCAAAGUGAGUUUGAGUAGGAAUUUUGAUUUUAGAUUGAAAUCUCAUUUCCCCACGUACUAGAUUGAAAACAAAUCUCAGCAAGUGUGUGUCCGGAUAAUAGAAAGAUCCAGAUAAGGGGUGGCCAGAUAAGAAAGGUCAGACUGUAAUUAGAACACCUCAAACAUGUAAUGUGACAUUCAUAAAUCCAUGUCUUUAUUAUGAGACAGAUUGAGAGACAUACAUAUGUGCACUCAUUGAAUAAAACUCUCUAGGCUGAAACAACUAGUUUUUGUCAAUAAUUAACUUGUUUUGGAUUAUAUUUUUUAUUUCACACUCCAAAUUUUGUAUAUUUGAAUGAAGAAGCAGACUCGAAGCAAACACAAUACAUGUUAAUACUGCCGGUAACGACCGAGUUUGUCAUCCAUAUACAUUGGGUUUGUGAAUUACAUUAACCGUUUGUUGCUCAUUCUGUUUUGUUUGGAAUAGUUCUGGUUUUUUUUUUUCGUUGUUGGUAGUUCAUAAAAUUGUUGGCAUGAGCAAGGACCAAAUUUCAAAAUUCUGUAUUUUUCUUUAGAUAGUUUCACUGGGUAUAUGCAUUUUUUACAUUCUCAUUCAGUUGAUCAUGGGCAUCUGUUGUGUGAAAUUACUCCUUGCAAUUUUAGUUUAACAUUGUUUAUCACUUUACCUUUUUUUUUUGUUCUUCAUCUUAUUUGCUAUGUCUGGGCAUGUGAUAACAAAUUGAAAUAUGGUUGGACAGAUCUUUUGCCCAUGAUGGAAUUUUUUUCUAUUCACACAAGGCUGUAUUAUUAUAAUAUUGCACUCUGAAAUAAAUCACUUGGCUUCCAUUUUAGCAAAUCAAGCAAUUAUUGUUUAUUUGUUAAGAAACUAUGCGAGUUACAUUUAUUUCAAUUUUCUUAUGUAUAAGUUUAUUUAAAAACUAUUUUCAUAUGAACUUAAAAUGAAGUGGGGAAUGUUUAUCCCAAUAUGAAGUUUUUUCUUGAAAUAUCAAUAAAUUGAAUUCCAUUAUGCUAAUACCAAAUUUGAUAUGUACAUAAUAUAACUUUGUUUAUUGAUUUAGAUUUGUAGUUAUAUAAGUGUAUAUAUUUGAUACUGCAUAUAAAGAUAUUUUAUAAGAAAAUCACAACUAGCUUUGAACAAUUAUUUUGAAUACUGUACUUUAAUAGUGGAGUACAUUGCCAUUAAAGCAUUAUGGAAGCCUAUCAAGUACUUAAAUUAGAAUUGGACUUAAUACAUGAAUUUGUGAGUUUGCAUUGGUAAAUUAAGUUGUCUAAAAAGUUUUACCUUUUAUAUCAUUUAUGCAAAUAAUAUGAGGAAACAAAUAGUGUUCAGAAUAUUUUGAGCAUUACGUAUAGUUUUUCUGAAAUAAUUGCAGUCUUCGAAAAGAAAAUAAUAUCAUUAAACAUUUUCUUUCUUUGAAAUGUAGUGUUUCAGAAAUACAUUUUAAGAGAAAUGAAGUUAAAAUCUGUUGGUGCAAUAUUUAUUCUAGUUUUUUUUCUUAUUCAUAAUUUCUUUGUUGUUGUGUAGAAAAGUUUGAAUGUAAUGAACUAGCAAGUGUUAUAUAUUUUGUUUUUAAAUAUAAAAUUCAUUCAGGAUAUCAUGAUUUUUGUGAACUUUAUAGAAAUGAAGUCCCAACUGACACUGCAUAUAAAACAUUUUGUCCAGGAGCUGGUGACUAUGUAUGGAAGCUUUUUUCAUUUUGUGAAAAAAAAAAUGUCCAGGCUCUGAUACUUUGCAAAUUGAUUCUGACAAAUGAAAUUUGUAAAGUGCAAAUGUCUCAAUGUAGUUGUACGUCUGAAAUUUGGAUUCAUCUUUCAGAAUAUUCCCCAUUCACAUUUAUCUGGACUUUAAAAAGGGAUAAAGCUUUACAAGUCCACUGCAACUUGAAAUUUAAGUGUGACUUGUAGUCAGACUUAAAUCUUUGUUUAACACUUCAAGAUGUCCGUAAGAAGACUCGGCAUUAGCUAGCUUUGAGCAUCUUGAAGGCCUGGGGGAGGUGGGGAGGGGAUGGGAGGAGUAGGAUACUUGCAGUGUAUUGACAUAUGAGGAAUGUACUGCUAGGUCAUUUUUUAUGAAGAAUCCUUAAACACAGGAUUUGGUUUUGGGCUGGAAAGUCCUUACACAUACCCCCCCCCCUUGUUGAUCUUGAUUGAUUAUCUUUUUUCUUAAUUCUUUUCAGUUUGUAAAGUUAUGCAAAAAUUGACAAACGACUGGAACAUGCAUAACAUGGGUCUCUUUAUUUUAAGAAAAUCCUUUUUAAUUGGUACUCUUUUUCUUCUAAAAUUACCCUUAAAAAGAGGUAUGGGUUUUAAGGCUUCAGCUGCACACCCCCAUGUAAAGCAAUUCUUAGUACCCCCCCCCCCCCAAGGUUUGCUCAUAAUCCAACCAGUGGUAGCCAGAAGUGAUUACCGAAUUUUGAUUCCCUUUUAUUAUGGCCGGCAAGUUUGUAGCAUGACAAGAAACUUAAGUGUAUCCAUCUGCACUCAACCCAGGUGAGUUGAGUGGGUAUAUGGUAGGAAUUUAUUCCUUGAAAUGCAAUGCGUGUAAUAUCCGCUCUGCUAAAGCCAGGGUAGUUAUGCUACAUUACUCUAGAGCGCUGAGAGACUUCUGAUAAAGGGAGUGUUAAGCGUUAUAUAAGCAAGUUAAAUAAUGAUUAUCUGAAGGAAAUACUUUUUAUAAUACAUGUAUACUAGACAUAAUUUCCAAUAUGAGUUGAAGAGAAUUUGAUAUGGAUCUAUCUCUUUAAAUUCCCCAUUUCAUCACUGCCUAUACUGGACAUCUUGUGUCAUUCAUUUAUAUUCUGCCUAUUGCAUCCCUUUUACUGAAUGUGCCAAUUAUCACUUUAAAAGGGAAAUGUUUUGUAAAGAAAAUGUUAUCAACGGACCAAGAAGUAAAGUGCAAGGAUUUAUUGGCAGGACUUCAAAACAAAAUCUCAAGUUCUUCAAUUUUUGGAGAAAAAAAUAAACACAUGCUAACAUUGGCAGUGGCACUAAUAUUGCCUUGGCAUCUCUAUUUUUAAUGGGAGCGAGUUGGCUCAGUAUUAGCUUAGGGAGCGAGUUAACUCAGUAUUAGCUUAGGGAGUGAGUUAGUGGAAAACACUCUAUCCCUUGGAUAGGACAUUAAAUGGAGGCCCCUUGUAGAGAGUCACCACCUUUGCACGUUAGGAUCCCACUGCACUUUUCGCAUAAAGAGUAGGGGGAAACCCUGGUGUAGUGGUCCCACAAUCAGUUAUAUCGGGAGAGACUUGGGGGUCCAAGUGAUUCAGUUUGCUUUUCGCCUCCCAGGCACAAGUGACGCCAAACAAAUAGUCAUAAUUAUGUAAUAUUGACCGACCUGAGGGGAACAUCAUAUAUAUUGCCCGCAAUAGAAUCAUAUUGGCCCUAGUCGUUAGAUGAGGGCAAUGUGGUUCUUUUAAGGGCAAUAUAUUUUAUGUUCCCCAAAAGAAAAGCCAGUCAAUAUUUCUAUUAUUACCCCAUUCAUAUAUCUAGAGCAAAAAUCGUGAAAAUUUAAAUAUUUUACAGUUUAAGAAUGGGAAUCUAUUUUGUCACGUUGAGCAAGCUGGGCCUCUAAUCUUAAUCAUUGUGACGUAAUUGAAAUGUCACAUCCCUGGCCUGGGGAUGCAGUAUCCAGCAUGGCCUCAUCUUGAUUAACAUUAUGACGUAUUUGCUGCGCGUUUCCCUAGAACGCGUAUCAUACGGAUGUUAGCUCUGCCUUAUUGCCUGCUACAUUUCCACCUAUUAUCUCAUGGACUUUCCUGAGCGGGCAAUAAAUUGUGUCCGUGGAUAAACAAUUGGAAAUUUAAUGACCGACCAUUUGAUCAGUCCUAAGCAGGCAAUAAUGUGUUAAAAUUGCCCUGCUCAGAUGUCUGAUAUGGUUAAUAAUCAUUUUAUCAUAAAACAGCAUUUGAUUUAAUGCCUUGCUCAAGAACAUACAUGUAGAUGCCAGAGUCCAUAUUCAAAAGGAAACAUGCUUUAAAUAAAGCAUCGCAUUUGUGUGUGACAUGCAUAACACUUGUAAAUUGCAUAAGCUGCAUGUGUAAUUAUAUGAAUUGAAAUACAUGUUAAUGGGGUGUGCCUUUUAUGGUGUAUAUUUUAGCAUGUAAGCUCAGUUAUUGGACAUCGUUUUGCUGUGCCUGAUCGUAGUACCACAUGGGCGAGUCAUAUUGGCUACAAACAUCUGAAAAAAUCCAAUUCCCAUUUGUUCACAGGAUCCAAAAAGAACAAAAUCAUAAGUUAGAGCAUAAAAUUUGUGGAUUUAGAUUUUUAUUGCCUGUGAACAACCAAGCAUGGAUUUUUCAAGUGUGUCAGUAUGGCAGUUAACGAGAAAGAGAUGACAAAUUUAUUGUUGGAAGAAUUACAUGAAAUUUAGAAAUAUUACAUAUUUGGGAUGCGCUCUAUAUCAGCUAGAUAAUAAGAACCAUUUCAUUUGACAUUUUAGAUCAUUUGAUUUAACAACUUACUUGUAUAAGAGAAUUGUGAUUUGUUAGUACUAUUUUACUUUAUUUACCGAGGUUUUGUCUCGAUGCAAAUUCAUUUAUGCAGCAUGUACAUGGUGUAUUUUUAUAUAUGCAAAGAAUAAAUAUAUACAAAGUACUAUGGUGAUAUUAA